CUGGUAGAAAAAGAGUGCAGGAAGCUGUGUGUCUAUGUGCCUGUCAUCUUGUCCUCAUUGCCGACAUCAGCCCAGAGUAGGCGGAAGGGAUGCUCUGUUGACUCACACACCGAGGACAAGUCAACGGCUACAGGUAUUGAAAAAUUUGUACAAAAUGAGGGGAUUUUUCCAAAUGUUGAACAAGAAAAAAGAGCUGAUCCCGCUGAUCGGGAUUGUUUCUCUUGCCGCGAUGGGAGCCGCUACCAUAUCCAUCUACUUCCUUCUAACCAAAUCUGACGUGAUCUUGAAUAAGACCUCCAAUCCAGAACCGUGGGAGAGAGUGGAUCCAUCCAAGCCCCAAAAGCUUCUUACCAUCAACCAGCAAUGGAAACCAGUGAAGGAGCUGGAGUUGGUGAAGAGCCUUACCAAGUGAAAGUCGCGCUGACCUCCAUUGACCUUGCUCCCCUCAGCAGUAGAUUACUGGGAGGCAUUGACAGUCAGUGACUGGAAAUGCUUCUGCUCCGCUGGUGGGAUUCUUGCCUGCUCUUUAGCUGUGCAACCAAAAAAUUGACCGCAAUAGUUGUCUGCUUAUGUUUAGCAUGCUGUCAGGAAGCAGCUCACACUGUUCUCCAAAUUUGCCAACAGUGAAAAACAUACUGUACUACUUUACAUUGCUAUUAAAUUAUGCGUUUAAUGAAAUGUUGACUGUUUGUUUUUUGAUCGGCUAUGAUCAGAGCCAGUAAAGUUGCCAAUAAUGGAAUUAUUAUUAAUCAAUGAUUAAGCCAUUAUAACAAUGAAUGAU